CGCAAAGUCCAACACAUCUCGCCUUUCGUCAUUGUCCUUUCUUUGCCUUGUUUUCGCUUCUCAACGCCCCAACUUCCCCGCAACACGAUGGACGCCAAAUCCCUCCUGCGCGCCCGCAAGGCGACUGCGCGCGUCGAGCACCCGCAUGCGAGCUACACGGCCGCAGGGCAGCUGCGGUGCGCCAUCUGCGCCGUGCCCGUGAACCAGUGGGACGCACACCUGCUUACCAAGCAGCACCGGCAGAGUGCAGCGCGCGAGAAGGCACAGGCUGAGAAGGCGGCCAAGGCGAAGCGGCGGUCCGAGGCGGAGCGGGAAGAGGGCGCGAAGCGCGCCAAGGUGGAGCAAGAGGGCGACAGCGACGACGACGACGCGGGGCCAUCACUCCCUGCUGGCUUCUUCUCGGCGGGGAACAAGCCUUCCGUGGGAGAAGAGGAGGACGCAGCGGGACCUACGCCACCACCGGCGCCCGCGGCGCCAAAACCGACCGGCGACGCCGAGCUGGACGACUUCCUCGCGAGCCUCAACGAUGAUGACGAUGACGCGCCUGCACCUGCGCAGCCGGCCGCACCAGCAGCAGCGGCAGCUCCAGCACGGCGCAAGGGGCUGGCGUACAAGAAGACGGAGGAGGCGCCCGGCGUGGCGUCGUACGCUGCUGCGCCGGUGCUGCUGGCCAACGGGGCCGCCAACGAGGACGCCGCCGAGCCAGAGCCGGAAGAGCCGGAGGAGAGCGAGGCGGAGAAGCGCGCGCGUCUGGAGCGCGAGGAGCGCGAGGAGAUUGUCGCACGGCUCGAGGACGAGCAGCGGGCUCAGGAAGACGCAGACUCGCGCGUCGUCGCUCUCAAGGCGCGUAUGGAGGCGCUGAAGAAGCGCCGGGCGGCGGGGGCGGGCAAGAAGGCAUAG